AUGCUUUCACUCCAAUCUAGCGGCCCUUCACAGCAUUAUCGGCGAAUCCCACAAAGAUCGAAAGAUUCAUCGAGAAUGGAGUCCUGUUCCGACGAUAAACCAUACCGACAAUCAAGUGAAGACCGUACACUGAAGAUGCAAUUCGAUAAUGAUUACGAUCUUAGCGAAUUAAAUCAUCAAAGUAUCGGCAACAGGUAUGCUUUUCCACCUAUUGAACACAGCAUAAAGCCUGACAAUAUACGAAAACGGGUCGAAUCAUGGAUGGGAACCCAUGCAGAUCUUCAUGGUGGUAAAGAUGACCGGCCACCGGCGAACGACAAUACACGCUUUUCGCUGCAGAAGAGAAGGAGGAUGAUGGAUGCAGAAAGCGAAAGAGGAAGCCUUUCUCGAAAUUUAGAAGAUGAACCUUUUUAUCCUCAUCUUAGCAGCAGCAGUCCAAUCGAACCAACAGAAACCGUGCGCAAAAAUCAACUCUAUCGAUCCAACUUCAAUUUCGGAGAAACGACAAUUGACAGUAUUCCGAUAAAGGCGCCAACGGAAUUGAGAAAAGGGCGCAUAAAUUCUAGCAAUUGUGAAGAACGGAAGCCGUUCACACCUGUUCAACGCCCAAAAACAUGCUUAUCAACUUCAUCGUCCGCCGUAACUACUUUUUCGGAAAGUGAAAGUAAUAAUAGUAAUCAAAACAGUCUUGAUUCAGUUCAAUCAUUUUCAUUUUUUUCGCCCACAAAAUCUUCAGCAGCAGCAAGUUCAAUCAGUACAGGAGGAGAAGAACUUUAUCGACAACCUUUAAAAUGCAACCUCUUUGGCAAAUUUGGUUCUAAAAGAGCCGAUCAUGCUCUUUACGCUGAUCAGGUUGACAAAGACAGGGAUAAUCGAUUGAAGCAAGAUCCACAACAGUCGAAUUUUUCGAUAUCGUCAUUACUCUGCUCGUCUGCACCUUCCGACCAUAAUAAGCACAGCCGUGCUCCAAUCCAAACAAAUCUUCAUUCUGCCGAAGGAACGGGAGAAAGUGAAGCAAACACUUCAGGAAGCGCAAUGGCUGAACAUGGUCAUGAAAGUGAGAUUGGUGAAAGACGAUCAGAUGAACAACAAAGAGAAGGUGAUGGAUCUGGCCGAGAAAGAAGAAGUGGUAGCGGACAUGGCGGAGGCGGUGGAGAUGACCGACAAAGCAGUGCAAGUACUGGUCUUGGAAAAGCCGGAGAAGAUACUGACGGAAGACGUUAUCAUUUACGCAUCGUUCAACAACCCGAAAAAGGAUGUGCAUUUGGAUCAGACGUACUUUCACGUUUAGCAAUCGCACCACCUUUAAUCGUUCAAAUUCGAGUGACUGAUUUACAAAAUAAUGAAGUUGAAAUCGAUGAUGAAAUUCCAUUGUUGACUUGUCAAGUAAAUUUACUCACGGAAGAUGGACAAAAUGCGGAUAUGAUCACUUCAUUGACUAAUGUUCAACAUCCAGUAACAAUGUUAUACGGUACUUUAACAGCCUCAGCUGUUCAACUUCCCGAUGUCAGGCAAAGGCUACGUACGUUUUUCAUCUUUCCUGAAAUUUCAAUUCGAUCAAAAGGAAGAUUUCGAUUGAAUAUCAAUUUGUUCAAAUUGCCUUUAUUCGGACAAAAUGUUAGACAGGCUUUGGAUGUUGUACAAGAAAGUGCUCCUGCUUCCAGUACAGAACUUUCAAGAGACACCUCAAGGUCCAAUGCAUCACCAACGCCAGCAACAGAAUCUCAAACACGACCUUCUUCACCUAGACGGAUCGUACCAGGAACUUCACAUACAUUGGUUUCGAUCAUAAGUGAGCCAAUCGAUGUCGUACCUCCGUCUGAAUAUCAAGCUCCACAUAUCACCGAUUUAACAAGACAUUUUGCUGCGAAUGGCGUAGGACUAUUGAUGCCUUACACGCAAGCAGCAGAGAAUUAA